AUGUCACGCGUCCCUACAUAUCCUCAUUCAACGGGGCCCAUGUACUACCAUCAUCCACACGCUCCACCUCCCAUGAUCCAGCAGCCACCUCCCGGGCAAGCAUCAGGACCCGCCUAUGCUUCAGCACCACCACCACCACCACCAUCAGCAGCAGCAGCGGCAUCAGAAGCAAUGUAUUCUUACGCUAGAGAAGUACCGAUGCCUCCCUCGAGUGCUCCUGGAAGUACAGCUGUCUCGUGGAACGGUCAUCCCGGACCUCCUGGGUCAAGAGAAGACGUCGGAUACGCAAAUGCGAUUGCCGGUCCAUCGCGUGGAGCGGAUCCCGCCUAUGGGUACAGACAAUCUCCGACUGGACCUCCCACUUCUGCUUCUCGUCAAACGGCUGGUAUGCCACCUCAGCCAGCAUAUCAGAACGGUGCGGUGCCAGGUUGGUCAUCGGUUCAUCCGGGAUCUGGCGCCCUGGGUCACGGCGUUCCACCGGGGAUGGAGACUGGACGGAGGGGAUCUGUCAAGCUGGAAGACCUAGUCUCACAUGAUAGGUCUCGGAAUGUGUCUGGUGCAUCUUCAAAUCACAGUCGACCAUCUUCGAAUCAUGGAGGGGCUCUUGGAGGUCUACAGGGACUCACAUCCAUACCUCUGACCAAGACCGAAAGUACGGAUGGGCCAAAAACAUCUACAAACAGCGGUCGAAGAGCAUCGGCGACGGAUGCAGGCGGAGCUGGUGGAGGAGGCGGGCAGUCUGGCCCCAGUGAAUUCAUCAAAAAGCUGUACAGGAUGCUGGAGGAUGAAAACACCAUUUAUGGCAAGGGACGAGCGGCUGGAAAGCAAAAGCACGGAUCGGUGGGAUGGGGAAAAGGCGGAACAAGUUUUGUCGUGUGGGACAUGAACGACUUUACGACAAAGGUUCUGCCCCAGACAUUUCGUCAUUCCAACUUCUCUAGUUUUGUUCGACAGCUGAACAAGUAUGGAUUUUCAAAGAUCAAACACGUCGACGAAGAAUCCGGGCAGAUCAAGGAAAACGUCUGGGAAUUUCAACAUCCCAACUUCCAGACAGGAGGUAAAGCCGAUUUGGACAGUAUCAAGCGCAAAGCCGUGGCUCCGAAGAAGAAUGCAGGCGAACCUGAGACCGAAACCUCCCCGUCCAAAGCCGCAGGUAUUAGUGCGGAAGACGCUGGGCGUCUUUCAGAGAUGGAACAGAGGGUACACGUACUGGAGGAUCAGCUGUCGAAAGCGCUAGAUGAUAUCCACGAGUCGAGAUCGAGGGAGAUGGGCACCAUGAACUUGAUCCGAGAAAUGAUUGCUCACAUGGCGAGCAUGGAAAAGGCCACCUCUCGAUCCCCUGCCCUCGAUUCUGCCAAUCCUUCAUCUCAAAUUGUCCAUCUCUUCCGAAUGUUCGACCAGAUUACCUCUGGAUCUCAAGGCUAUCCCGUUGCCCCAGGAUUGCCGAGAUACCCCUCCGGUCACUUUUCACAUAUGCCAAUGUCCGCCCAUAAUCACGCUUCACCCAUGACGGACGGAGGUAGUCGAGCAAGCGAUGGACCCAGUCCGGCGCCUUCUCGAGCCAGCUUUUCCGGUAUACGUCCUGGUUCCAGGGGCAGAGGAGGAGCAGCUGAUCAAUCGAUGGAAGAUGUGAUGCAGGAGGGUCAAGCCGUGACGCAAGCUCAAGCGACCUCUUUGGCUCAACAGGCUGCUGUGAAUCAGGCACAUGCGCAGGCUCAAGCAGCUCAAGCCCAAGCUGUACAAGCGCCAGCUCAUGCUCAAGCUGCAGUCGCCCAGGCCCAGGUGGCUGCUCAGGUUCAGGCCCAAGUUCAAGCUCAGGUCCAGGCCCGAGUCGACGCCGAGGCCCAUGCACAGGCUCAAGCACAAGCACAAGCACAGACUGCUCCCCCGGCUCAGGCUCUCAAUGCCGAUGCCACGCUGUACAACGGCGAGCCUAUGGGCAUGACUCCUGUAUUUGCAGAGACUCCCGCUUGGUUGACCGAGAAUACUCCACUCCCGCCGUAUCGCAAAUCCUCCGAUGCAACAACGCUUCGACUAAUGGUCGAGGCUCUCUCGUCCCAAAAUACUGGCGAAGGACGAUUCGACGAACUCCCGUCGGAGCCUUUGACCCAACAAGUCACGAAUAUCGACCCUUCACUCUCUGCACCAGAUACCAAUACAGUACUGAAUGGGAUAAUCCCGGUUGCACCUGCCGUGAUGCCUCCUGCAGACGUAGAACCUCCCACAAAUCAAGGUACAGUCGAUCCCGCUGCUUUCGGAGGCAUUUUCCCAAUGCCUUCAAAGCAGGAAAAGACAUCUGGAUCGCCAGAAAAUACCAAAGAGUCCAAAGUCGUCAGUCGGAAAUCGAAAAUUCAGCCGCAUUGGACGACGAGCCCAAGGAUCUUGGUUGUGGAGGACGAUGUGGUGUAUCGGCAACUGUCAUCGAAAUUCUUGGAAAAGUUUGGGUGUGUCACGGAGACUGUGGAGGAUGCUCAGGGUGCCGUGUCCAAGAUGAAUCACCAAAAGUACGAUUUGGUACUGAUGGACAUUUUUUUCGGGCCAAGCAUGGACGGUCGCAAAGCUACGAGUCUGAUUCGUCAAUUUGACAUGUACACACCGAUCAUUUCCAUGACCUCCAACGUGCAGACCCAGGACGUCAACUCGUACCUGCAAUCGGGUAUGAACGAUGUGCUAGCCAAACCAUUCACGAAACAUGGUCUUUUUGGUAUCCUCGACAAGCACUUGAUUCAUCUGAAAGCCAUUCAACUCUCUGCUGAGGUACCACGGUCGCUUGGUCUACCUCCGCUCUCGGAUGAAGGCGUACAAGAUGCCUUGCAGACGGGAGCGUCACAAUGGGUGGCAACGGCGAAUGACGCUUCGGCUCUGAGAAAUCCUUUGGCAGCCAUGGGAUGGAGCGAUGAUACGUAUCAGCUGGUCCUCCAGCAAUUCAUGGCUACCGGCUCGAUGCCCGAAGUGAGUACGAUCACCAAUGGCACGAUCGGGACCAGCGUCGUUUUUGGAAAUGCCGCCAAUUUCCGUAAACGCUCCAUCGAGACCCUGGAAGACGAUUGGACACCUACAGGCGGGUCUGCUGCUGCUGCCGCUGCAGGAAGCGGAUCGAAUAUCGUUGAUUCGACGGUUCGAGGCACUGUCUCUGGACUCGUUGCUGUCCCGUCGAGUCUCAACGGGACGACCGCACAGCAAAUUAUUCCCAUCGGGGAGUUACCGCCGGCAUCGAUGACCAUGGCUCCGACAACUAUCAAUCCUGGUAUGGUAGCGCCUGGUAGUGUUCCGGUAGUCAACGGAGGAUCCUCGACCGGUCGAGCGGGCAAGAAGGUGAAGAAGGCAUAG